AUGUCAAAUCCUGCAGAUAUAGAACGGAAAGCGCGUAAAAGCUCGAAAGGGCUGUUCCGGUUCUUUUUUGGUGGCGCCGACGAGGAUGCGCACGACCUAUUCAACCAGGCGGCUAAUCUUUACAAGCAGCAAAAGCAAUGGAAGGACGCCGCGAGGUGCUACCUUGAAGCUGCGGCCAAAGGAGAAAAGGAAAAUGAACACAUAUUUGCUGCUAGCAAUCUUCACAUAGACCCACUAAUGCGUGCCGCCAAUAUCUACAACCAACAAGGACGGUUUGCACAGAGUGGGCGUAUAAUGAAAAUCGCUGCGGAAGAAUUCGAAGCAAAGGGGGAUCACUUGAAUGCCAUAGACUUUUACCUAAAGGCUGCCGAGUUCUACGAACUGGAUGAAUUUGGAAAGGUUGCAGGAUCGCAAGCACGGCUGAAGUACGCAGAAUUGGCUUCUCAGUAUGCAGAAAAGUACGCCGAUGCCAUCAAGAUAUUUGAGACCGAGGGGCACAAAAAUCUCAAGAAUCAACUGUUGCAGUAUGGAGUAAAAGACAUCUUUCUUAAAGCUGGGAUACUUCAUCUGGUGGCAUGUGAUGCUACUGACGCUCAAAUAGCCUACAACAAAUAUGCUGAGGCGGAUCCGAAGUUCGCUCCAUCCAGAGAAGGACAAUUCUUAAGCGCCAUCAUAAGCUCUUGUGACGCGGAAGAUGGCGAGCUCUUCCAAAAGGCCAUUGCGGAUUUCGAUGCGAUCGCUAGAUUGGAUCCGUGGAAAGUCCAUAUGCUAAUAAAGAUUAAGGCAACUCUACCUGCGGCGCGCGACGACGUAGGGGCACCACCUGCGGAGGAUGGUGAUUCUGACGAUGAAAUCGACCUCACUUAG